AUGUCUGAGCUCACUCGUACCUUGCCGGCGUCCUGGUACUGCAGCGAACCGCUGUACCAGAUGGAACGACGAGCAGUGUUUAUGAAGUCUUGGUAUCUUCUCGGCCCUGUGACGAGAUUCCUGAACGUGGGCGAAAAGGUCGACUAUGAGAUCGGUCAACAGCCUAUUUAUGCAGUUCGCGUAUCUGGCGAAACCAAGCUUCCAGUUGCAGAGGAGCUCAAAGUGUUCUCUGCGAAGACGGAGAAGGAGCUGCGCAGCCAUGUCACUCCAACAGGUCUUCUUUUCUCCACAAUCUCCGAUAAUGCUCCCACCUUCCAUGAGUUCUUUCCUGAACUCGAGGAGCUACUAGGCAAAGUCGACUUCACUCGACUGCCUCACCGGCGCAGUAUCCGCUAUGAAGGGCGAUUCAACUGGAAGACCAUGGUGGAUGGAUAUCAGGAGUGUCUGCACUGCCAAUACACUCACCCAUCCUUCUCUAUCUACUAUCCGCCAACCUUCUACACUGUGCGCAACAAACACAACUUCUCGCAGCAUAUCGCCGACCCCGAUAAGCCAGAUGACGGUCUAUUCCUGUAUUUCUUUCCCAUCUGCACGCUGAACGUCUACGGCGGCGGCAUGUCCUCAUUUCGGGUUUGUCCCACUGCAGACCCCCAUGUCACACGCAUGGAAUUUGACUACUACCACCUCGAGUCCGGGGACAAGUUCGAGGACUACUUCAAAUUUGUGCGCCAGGUGGCCAUGGAAGACUACGAGCUGUGCGAGAAGGCCCAGGAUAAUCUCGCCAAAGGAGUUUAUCACGAGGGAAUCCUAAAUCCGGAGAAGGAGAACGGCGUUUCUUAUUAUCAGGGUCGGGUGUUCGACAUGGUCUGCGAGCAGCACGAAGCCGACCGGAGAAAGGACACUGAGGCUGCACGGGAGACUGUGGUGGCGCCAUCGAUGGUGGAGAUGGCCGCGUAG